AUGCAAUCACCCCUGUUCGUGACUCUGCUGAUCUGCUUGGCCCUUGUCGCCGUCUCAUCGGCCAUGCCGUUCUAUGUGAGUUCUUCAGUUCUAGGUCACAUAAAACACAUAAACUUUGCUGAAAAACAAGCGAAAUGUGAAAAAAUGAUGGCCGACGCAGGUGAUUCGUUGUUGCAGGCUUCGGCUGACGAAGGAGUCAACGGGCGCCGGUUCCCGCAGCAAGGCGUGCUCGAGAACAUGGUCAACGAGAUAAUGCGUGUGCAGAGCGUCGAACAGAUCAACAACCAUCACGUCCGUCGUCAGAUAUUCUCCAGAAAGUUCUGGUGA